AUGGACAUACAUUGGAAUAAAGCCAUUAGUUAUCUGUCUCAACAGGAGAAUUACUGCAGGACACCGACAGGAGAUCGAUAUAAUGAUAAUGGACCUUGGUGUUAUUUUGAUACGGAAGGAGGACGGGGUAGUUGUAAUGUGCCUAUAUGUGAUAGCGCAUCAUGUCCAGAUCUAUCGCUUCGGGCCCAUUUACAAACACAGGACAACAAGGAUUCAUACAGAUAUGGAGAAACUGUCAACCUUGCAUGCGAAACUGGAUACAAAUUAAAUGGUUUAAGAAACCUAUCAUGUCAAGAGUCUGGCAAUUGGAGGAAUACAAUACCAACAUGUGAAGUUGUUACUUGUCAUGGUUUCUCAAAUGAACUUCAUCAAAAAUGGCACCCAGUUAAACAAUCAUACAUAUAUAAUGACAAUGUCACGUUCACAUGUGAUGAAGGAUAUGCAUUGGCGUCAUCUACAAGUAUUACAUGUCAUUCUGAUGGAACAUGGAGUGACAUUCAACCAAAUUGCACAGGUAUUCCAUGCUCUCCGUUGCCUAAGAUUGACAAAGCCUUACUACCAAACCAGACAAAAGAUUAUCGAUAUCCUGAAACAGUCAAGGUCACUUGUGAAACUGGUUAUACAGUUGAAGGUUAUGAUCUUCUUGAGUGUAAUUCAACUAGAUUUUGGAGUUCUGUACCACAGUGUACAAGUAUAGACAAACUACAAUCUAAGAAAGAUUCCGUGGAAAUUAGACGUAUAUGUAUGUCCUAUGGAUUAUUUGGAGGGAUUUUAGCUGCAAUAGUUACAAUAUCUGCAGGGGUAUAUAUAGGAACUUGCUUUUGUUACAGGAAACGAUUGAGGAAACACGUUACAGUAUAUGAAGAUAUGCAGUUAAAUACGGUUGAAAGACAGAAUUCAAGGAACGAGGAAACGUACACUGAAUUGACAUGAAGAUUGUAUCAGAAAUUUUUCAGAAUAAUGGUCAAAAAUUUACUUCUCAGUUCUCGUUCUACCAAGGAACACGUAGAACAUAUGUUUUUAUUUAAAUAUCUUCGUACGUUUUAUCAAUAUAAAAAAGAGUGAAACCGUGUCAUCAAUGAAAUUGUAUAUAGGAAGUGUGUUCAGAUAUUUAUCUUAGAAAGAUAUCUACUCUGACAGUCAUAUUUGUUUUUAUAUCUCUGGACCAGCCUAAUCUAAUUAAUAGACAACUUGAAUGAAUUGUUUUUUGUAAAAGUGUUCACUGUGGUUUAUGAGAAACAUUGUUAGAUGAAGUUUAUCUAUAUGAAUGGAUAUAAAUACCCAAAAAUAAGGCCAACAUGAUAUUAUUUACGGCAUAAUUUUGUAACCUUGUAUGAUGGGGUUUACAUCCUAGAUGUUGAAUGGUGUAAGCUGACUGAUGCUAAAGUUACUGAUUAUAUAUGUUGGUGCUACGACCAAUCCCAGUGUAGAGUAAAGUGUUUUGCAAACUCUAGAAGUUUAAUUUUUAGUUAACCCUACAUAUUAAUACACUGGAACUUUGUCAAAGUGGGGCGUCCGUUUGGCUGUGCGGGAUGUACAAGUACACAGCCACGUCCGGUCAGAAUGGGGACGUUAAAUCCGUUGCUUUGUGUAAAGAGUGCCCUUGCAACAACUCUUUGAGGCGUCCGUAGGUGGCCUGUUGCAAGGCAACAUUUCUGUCCCUAUCCAACAUAACCUCAUUUUCCAGUGGCAAUUUUCCCCGAUUUACAUCCCGGACGGCCUAUAUUACAGGACAUACAUAUUGUGUUUAUUGAUAUCUUGUUCUCGUCCCGAAUAUUCAUGAAGUGGUUGCCACUGGACGUUAAGCACUCAACAAUCAAUCAAUCAAUCUGUACUUUCUUAAACAAGGAUAAAAAUAGACAGGUACAUGUACCUGUAACUUAUAGUCCAUUGAACAGUUCAGACAACUGAUUGUGAUCGAGUUUAACAUUCAUUACACUUAUCACAUAGCUUUAUAUGUUGCGUUUUCAAAUUAUAAUUUUUAGUCAACAAAAGUUCCUCCUGAA